AUGGUCCUCCCGGGCUGGAACAUCUCCGAGCCCAUCGACCUUGCAUACAAAUUAUAUGAAGUCGUCGAAUCUCUUCGAAGCGCACCCGAAAGCGCCAAAGCUUUCGUCUCCAAGAUCAAUAACUUCAGUGGCAACCUGAAGGAAUUGCAAAGAAUACUUGAAGACGACACCACGUCCCGUUCUUCUCAAGACCUCGAGCAUUUGCGCGCCACUAUUGUGGAAUGCCAAGCCUGCGUUAAGCGUUGUGAGGAGUACAGUGAAGGGUUUGGAAAGCUCACCAAGGAUGGAAGGGGAAAAAUGGACGGUGCGGGCCAAGCGGCACGCUGGGCUUUGCAAGAGAAGAGGGCGGCGAAGUUGAGGGAGGAGAUUGAUGGGCAGAUAGGUAAUAUUGGGUUGACGCUUGCGAUUAAGACUUUUGGAGACGGUCGGACAAGACAAGGCUCCCAUUUAGGGACGGAAGGUCUGAAGCCUCCUCUUCGAUCCGGUACCAUUGCCAGCUUACCCCCAUACUCUUCCCCACGCUCCAAUUGGACCCAAACAGAAAGUCUUCAGCACGCAAAGACUCCGGCGGAGCUUCUAGGCCUCGGCACCCAGCACAAGAGGAAGUCUUCAGACACAGACAUACCUAACUUCCAAUUAGAGUCAGAGGGUAGCGGCGGCAAAGGGAUGAAUACCUCACUACAAACCAACUUGGCUACACUGCAUCCGUUGACAGAGCCGAAUGAGCGAUCUGAGCUGGAUUCAAAAGAGGCACUGAAGCCGUUGGGGAGCCGCCGGAAUACAACCAAUGAGGUUGCUGUGUCUCCGACUGGGCUCGGCAUGUCUAGUACUUUGUCAGAAGGCUCGAGCGUGGCUUCUCGAGACUUUACAAGCCCAACGAUCUCUUCCCGAAGAACCUCCAUGACAGAAGUCACGACCAGCACCUCGAGACGUGACUCCAUCUUGGCCCUGGACUUUGCAGUGAUGGAAAUAGCAAUGGAGAAUUUAAGCGGAGUGAAAGUCUCCUACUACAAAGCAAAAUCUCGGAUAUCGUACGCUGUUUCGACAAUCGAGUCAUUCCGCAACAAACAGACUGGUCGCCGCUACAUCAUCGUCUCGCCACCCAUAAGCUCCAACAUCAAAUUGUACUUAGUACCUCCGACCGAGCGAAUCAUAGCUCACAGCGAACAUCCACAAGCAUACGGCUCUACUACCAGGCACAGAGUCAAGUUCAUUGAGCCGUACCUUUUGAGAUCUCAGAAGACUUCAUCAGAGCGCCAACCCACAAAUGCUUCAACAGCUCUGUCUCCUUCUCUCACACCAGUGUCCUCAGCUGCGAGUAUCGUCAGCUCAAGGAGUCUGGGUUCUCCUGUCAUCGCCAUCGAUGGAGGAGUGCUUAAGGAAGAGUCCCGGCGCCAGGAGUACGACUUUGAGAACGGAGACGACUACCGAAGAUUUCAAGAAUUGCUUAUGGGUCCCGACGUUAAGCUGCAGCUUCAAGUGCCAGUCCAGUCCAUCACGGCAAGCAGAUACGGGGAGAGCAGGCCCACUAAAGAGAGCCGAUUGCAGUACUUACGCUUGUGGCAGUCCGGUGGGCGCCAGACAUUGAUGUAUUUCGCGAAUUCCUCAUUGACCAAGUAUAGAGAGUACAGUAUGGAAAAUCUUCGCCCUGUUGAGUCGAAGCCAAAGACCAUGAUCAAACUGGAAGUCCAUUUGCCUGGCAGGGUCCGACGUAGAUCAAGUUCCAAAAGUCCUCUCAUCAUUGCUAAGCCAUCGGCGCAAGAGCAGGCUAAGUUCGACGGAUACACGGAUGAAAACGACAUGGUAGAUUUAGAUUAUCUCUCAAUAGAGUUCAGCUCAGCCCAAGAUAAGGCUACAUUUCUGCGCGAAGCAAAGUUUCACGGCCCCGUGGAGCAGCCGACAGUAUCACCCUAA